AUGCGGUCUCUCAACAGACAACGAGCCAGUAUCCUCUUCAGCAACAUACUUCAACACGGUGUCGUCCUGAGCCCAAACGAGGUUUCCAAACGCGAAAGGAUCUUCCACAGAGGUGACGUACUGCGCUGGUCGGACGACGAAAUGCUCGGGCAUUGUAAAAUUGGGGUAUCUCUCCAGGAAAUGCUAGGCCAAAUGGGCGAGCAAAACACUCAGACUGGCUCACUUGCGCUUCACGCUAUUCAAAUCUCCGAACUGCUAACCGUCUUCACCAACGAGGCAUACAUAGCAUGUCCCGCCGCAUCCGCAGUCGACAUCUCAAUCGUACUGAAGGCAGGGUGUGGACCGAAUGAUCAGCUCAAAGCAUGGGCGCACGCACUGUUGCUUGCGAAGAGAGCCCGAGAUGGCAAAGGACACUCGGGUAACAAGCCCAAUACAGCAUCGGCCCCGCCCAAGGAUCGCCUGAUUGCUGAGCUGAGGCAGACGUUGGAGGACGUCCGGGUCAUGUUUGACAAGUACGGGAACGAGAUAAUGGGGAAGGGAUGGGAUCUAGAUGUAGCUGCGAUGGAGACAAGGGCCGGGACACGGUUGCAGAUUGGGGUCCAACAGGUCGGAUGA